AUGACCCUCCCACCCACCCACCCUCAGCACCCGCCCUCGCAGACGCAGGCACUCGACGACCGUCGUACAGAGCGCACACCCUCCCAAGACACCGAGUACUUUUCCACCGCGUCUUCCCCCGCACCGAACCGCAUGGAUCGCCCUGGCGCCUACCUGAACGACGCGAUUGCAAUAGACUCCGACUCUGAGGACGAGGGCAUCAUCUUCACAGGAUACUCGGGUCCGCCCCCCCCAAGCGGCGACAACUGCUAUUUCGUCGGUCAACAUGGCCCGCUGCGGUUUGCUCUCGACCUGCGAUGGAAGGAGCGACUGAGCCACAAGAUAGAGGUCGGCGGUGGCAAGGUCGUGUCGUUGGCCGACGAUCCCAAUUACUUUGUCGCAGAUCUCUCAUCGGCUACCCCUCUCAGUCAACGACGGUUUGGUCGGCUCGCCAAGUGUUCUCGUGUCACAAUCGUCAGCGAGGGCUUUGUCUACCUGGCCCAUGCGUCGAAAAGCCUGCCAGAUCCGUCGACCUACGCCAUUUCCCUAGAGUCACUCUCGACCGCGCCGCUGGUCUCCGCGCCAUCUUCCCUCUCCUCUCCAUCAAAGUCUCCUGCGAGGCGCGACUUCAUCUCCCGCCGGUGA